CGACGACGACCACCGAGGCCGGGCGCACUCGCGGAUCUGGCCCCUUUGCGCAUCCUCACCCAGAUCGUGCUUUUGCAGAUGUUCUAUUAUAUGUCGGGCAUCGUGCUGAUUGUAUUCACCACCUUCGUCGCGGGGCGUCACAUGGAUCCGGGAUAUGUCUUUGACUGGAGAAAUGUGAGAGGAGAUGUGACUACUGGAUGGACUCUUGGACUGUGCUGGAUGCUGGACAGUCUGGUAACCGUGAUUCCUAUUCUCCUCCUGAUUGCGCGCUCAAAACUGGUUCCGGACUUUGUGCUUACUAUCCAUUUUAUCAAUCUCAUAAUCACCUCGCUAUACACACGCGCGAUACCUUCGAAUAUCACCUGGUGGCUUGUGCAGAUCGCGUCAUCUGCACUUAUGAUCUCGCUGGGCAUGUGGGCUUGUCAGUGGCGCGAACUCAGACCUAUGGCUUUUGGGGGAAAGCCGAAAGACGUAGCAGCAGCAGAGAACAGACACGCGCCAGAAGAAGGCGAAGGAUAUGAGAUGGGAAGUCGUUGCGACGGAGGACGAGAUGGCGCCGGAAACUACGAAAUGGUUGAAAUG